AUGAAAAAUUUACCACUUUUUAAGAAGAAAGCGCCUGAGGAGCAACAUCGUACAAUCAAAGCGAAUGAUCGUGCAAAUAAUGCACUCAAACAAUACGCUCUUAUACCUCAAAUUAGUUCACUUCAACCAAUUACCACAAUAUUACCACUUGUUUUUGUAUUAGCACUAACAGCUAUCAAAGAUGCAUCAGAUGAUAUCUCAAGGCACAGAAGUGAUAGAGAAGUUAAUAAACGUCCGACUAAUGUUCUUUUGGACGGAAAACUUGUGAAAGAGAUAUGGGCAAAAAUUAAAGUGGGUGAUAUGAUUAAACUCUCAAACAAUGAUUUUGUGACGGCAGAUCUUGUACUUAUAUCAACUAGUGAACCGAAUGGAUUAUGUUUUAUUGAAACAAGUGAAUUAGAUGGUGAAACUAAUCUCAAAGUUCGUCAGUCAUUAGAAGAAACAUGUGAUCUAAAAGAUAAUAUAGAAGAAUUAGCUAAAUUCGAUGCUGAAAUUGAAUAUGAAGCACCAAACAAUAAUUUAAGUCGUUUUGAAGGUAAUUUAAAAUGGCAAGGUAAUACGUAUCCAUUGAAAAAUGAAAAUAUUCUGCUACGCGGUUGUCGAUUAAGAAAUACACAAUGGGCAUUCGGGAUUGUCUGUUAUGCUGGACCCGAUACAAAACUGAUGAAAAACAGUGGCAAAGCAAAAUUUAAACAAACAAAAACUGAUCAUUUACUAAAUCGAAUCAUUCUGGGAAUUUUUAUGUUUUUGUUAAUUAUGUGUGCUAUAAUGACAAUUUGUUGUGGUUUUUGGGAAUCAUUUGUUGGAUAUUAUUUUCGUAUUUAUUUACCAUGGGAAAACUAUAUUAAAGAUGAUCAACGUGUUGGUGCAUUAGAAAAAAGUUUACUCGUAUUUUUAUCUUAUAUAAUUAUACUGAAUACUGUUGUACCCAUAUCACUUUAUGUUAGUAUUGAAUUUAUCCGUUUAUUACAAUCAAAAUUUAUUGACUGGGAUAUUCAGAUGUAUUAUGAACCUAACAAUGUGCCAGCUCAAGCACGUACAACAACUCUUAAUGAAGAACUUGGACAAAUUGAGUACAUUUUCUCAGAUAAAACUGGAACUUUAACUCGGAAUAUCAUGACAUUUAAUAAGUGUUCGAUACGUGGUAAACUUUAUGGUUAUGUAACAGAUGAUGCUGGUAAUGAAACUCAAGACCAGGAGAAAACGAAACCAAUGAAAUUUGAAGAAGCUGAGGAAGACUUUGUUUGGUAUGAUAAAAAAUUACCUGAUGCAAUUAAAGAAGGUGAUGAGGAUGUGAACGAAUUUUUUACUGUAUUGGCACUUUGUCAUACAGUAAUGCCAGAAGUAAAAGAUGGUAAACUUAUAUAUCAAGCGCAAUCACCAGAUGAAAAUGCUCUGGUAUCAGCAGCAAGAACAUUUGGUUAUACGUUCAAAGCACGUACUCAAAGUAGUAUAACAGCAAAACUAUUAGAUAAAGAAGAAACGUACGAAUUAUUAUCUAUUCUUGAUUUUGACAAUGAUCGUAAACGAAUGUCGGUUAUUGUAAAAAAAGACGGAAAAAUAAUGCUCUAUUGUAAAGGUGCAGAUUCAAAAAUAAAAGAACGAUUAGAUCAAUCUGAAAAUGAAAUUAUGCAAGAAACAGACGAACAUUUAAAUAAAUUUGCCAACGAUGGUCUAAGAACAUUAUGUCUCGCAUAUAAAGAAUUGAAUGAAGCUGAUUUUGAUGCAUGGAAUAAAAAGUUAAAUGAAGCAAACAUGGAAAAACGUGAAGAAAAAGUGCAUGAAACAUACGAAGAAAUAGAAAAAGAUUUAAAAUUACUUGGUGCUACAGCUAUUGAAGAUAAACUACAAGAUGGUGUACCUGAUUGCAUUUCUCGAUUAGCAAAAGCUGGAAUUAAAAUAUGGGUCUUAACGGGAGAUAAAGUUGAAACAGCUUAUAACAUUGGUUUAUCAUGUCGUUUAUUAACUAAUGAUAUGGAUAUUAAAGUAAUAGAAGAUGAUAGCGAAAAGGGUGUGGCUGAAAAAUUAGAACAAGUUCGAAAUGAAAUGAUUGAUAAAAUUGAACAAUUAUUUAAUAUUAAAAUCGAAGAUAGAAAAAAACGUUUAAAUUGGAAAGAUUGGGGUAUUGAUAUAAUGAAAUUUGAUCAACAUCGACAAGAUACAAAUGAAACUAGUCCGAAUAAUAAAAAUGAAACUAAUCCAAAUAAUAAUAAUAAAAAUAGUCCAAAUAAUAAAAAUAAAAAUCCGAAUGAAGGCAUUAAUAAUACAGGUCAACAGGGACAGACAACCCUGAAUGAAGGUGCUAAUACUCGAGAAGAAUUUGAUGGUUUUGGCUUAUUAAUAACGGGACAAGCGCUAGUACACGGCCUAAAUGACAAAUUAAAACUGAAAUUACUUGAAUUGGCUACAAUGUGUAAAGCAGUGGUUUGUUGUCGAGUUACACCUUUACAAAAAGCGCAAGUUGUUGAAUUAGUUAUUGAAAAUGAAAAAAAAAUUACAUUAGCCAUUGGCGAUGGUGCCAAUGAUGUUUCAAUGAUUCAAAAGGCUCAUAUUGGGGUUGGUAUCAGUGGAGAAGAAGGACGACAAGCUGUCUUAGCCAGUGAUUAUAGUUUUGGACAAUUUCGUUAUUUGGAACGUUUAUUACUUGUACAUGGACGUUGGUCAUAUCUUCGAAUAAGCAAAUUCUUGCGAUAUUUUUUCUAUAAAAAUUUUGCAUUUACAUUGUGUCAGUUUUGGUUUGCCUUUUUCUCGGGGUUUUCUGCUCAGUCGGUUUAUGAUCCAUUCUUUGUUGCUACAUACAAUAUGUUUUUUUCAUCUUUACCCGUAUUAGCAUUGGGCAUAUUUGAUCAAAUAUUUGCUGAAAGUGUUAUUCAUGGUAUUUUAACAUCAUGUGUGAUAUUUUUUGUCCCCUAUUUGUCCGCUUCAAACAGUACACGACCAGCCGGUAUGACGCAGGCUGAUUUACAAAGUUUUGGUUUUAUGAUUGCCACAAUAAUGGUUAUUAUUGUUAAUCUUCAAAAUGCACUUGAAAUGUGGUAUUGGACGGGGAUGUAUCACUUUGUAUUAUGGGGCACAAUUGUGAUCCAUUUCUUGUUUCAUUGUGCAUUGUAUAGUACACUUAUUUGGAAAAUAUUUAAAACAAAUUAUUUUUAUGUAGGAGUAGCACAGGCUGUAUUAACAACUGGAAAUUUUUGGUUUACUUUAUUUCUUACUUGUGCAAUACUGUUGUUACCGGUAUUUGCUAGAGAAUUUUUUCGUAUGCGUUUUAUGCCCACUAUGACAGAUAAAGCUCGUCUAAAUCGAAAAUAUCGUGUUGAGGAAAAACAAGCAUUUAUUGAGCAUAUUCAUAAGUUAAAAAAGCAAGUCAAACGCCCAAUCAGAUCUGGUUAUGCAUUCGCUCAACAGGAAGGUUGGGGUCCGUUGAUUACUUCUGGUCGUAUGAUGAGUCGGCGUCAAUUUCCUGCAAAAGAAAUAACUCCAAGUCCGUCAUUAAGCAAUAUCCAGUCAGCAUCAAACGAUUCCAAUUUACCUUCGCAAUUAGCCAGUCGCGACGAAUAUGAUGAUAAAAACUUGGGUACAAAAACUGCUGCAACGUCUAGUCAACUUUCCAAACGAGGAGGAAGCGCAAAAGAAACAGAUCCAUUGAUAACGAAGCGUAGUGACGUUUGA